AGUCGUCCAAGAAUACCACACCAAAGAUUGCCAUCAUUGAUACACCAUCGUCAUCAUGCAUCACUUACAAACACUGAUUAUGAUAUGAUAAUUUAUGUUGGAAAUGAACCUUCAAUUAGAACUUUCCAUGCACACUCUGAAAUUCUAAGAAAUCAAUCUUCUUAUUUUCUUGCUGCAUUAUCAAGUAGAUGGAUACAACGUGAGAAUGGUAUGAUAAUCUUUCGUAAACCAAAUAUUUCUCCCGAAGUGUUUGAAGUCAUUUUAAGUUUUUGUUAUACCGGUCAAGCAAAAUUACAAGAUAAAGAUGGCGCAUUCGUGAUCGAACUUUUGGUAUCGGCCGAUGAAAUGAUUCUCACUUCUUUAACUAGUUAUAUUCAAAAAAAUUUUACCACCGCGCAAUUAUCAUGGUUACAAGAUAAUUGUUUAGAAAUAACUCAAUUUGCCUUUCAAUAUCCAUCAUUUCAAGCUUUACAAAAUGUUUGUUUAGAAACUAUUUGUGAUAAUCCUUCAAUAUUAUUUAAAUCAUCAAAAUAUUCUUCUUUUGAAUCAACUAUAUUAUUAGGUUUACUUCAACGUAAUGAAUUAAAUAUAUAUGAAGUGGAAUUAUGGGAACAUAUUAUUAAAUGGGGUAUUAAUCAAAAUCCUAAUGUUUCAAAAGAUCCUAAAUCAUGGAGUGCACGUGAUGUUAAGGCCGUUGAAAAUUCCAUAAAAGAAUAUAUACCUUAUAUUAGAUUUUAUAAUAUGACUCAAUCAGAAUUUCAACGUUACGUUUGGCCUUAUAAAUGUCUUAUUCCUAUUGAGAUAUAUGAUUCUAUAAUGACUUACUUUUUAAUGCCAUUCAAGAGAGUUCAACGUUUGAUACCACGAGGUAAUGGUGCUCAAUCUCGUUUAAUUAAUUGGGAUCAUUUAAAAUACAUUUGUG